UAAUUCCUGCUGAUCAUAUGACCGGAAGCAGCUGGGAUCAGCCUUUUUCUGUGCUCCCCUAAACCUUUCCCAUGGGAGCUGUGAGUUCAGCGUGUGCCCCAAAACCACUCGCACCAGUGAGACCCUGCUGUCACUGAGCUACGACCACCCUCGUGGAUUCCUCUUCCUGUAGGUCCAUGUAGAAAUCCUCACCCCUCCCCUGGAGCUGUUACCCAGGCACUUCCAUCACACACACUGCAAUAUGAGUCACCAGGCUCAGCACAGGGACCUCACACCCCAAACUUCCAUUUCGAAAUCAACCCCAAUCCCAACCUACCUCCCAGCCAUGGGGGACAUAAGAGCACCUUAUAUAUAGUAAAUCUACUAGCUCUGCAGCUGGUCCACUAAUUAGGAGAUCCAAUUCCAUAAUUAUAUCCUGCAACAAGCUGCUCCUCAAUAGGGGAGACCCCACACAAAUCCCCCUCCCCCCCCCUCUCUUAGCACACCUGGAUCCUCUGUGCAGACUGUACCCUGCUCUGACUGAUAUUUAGAGUUCAGAAGGACCUGGUAGCACUGACACUUGGAUACCAUGGAAGAUAACCCAGUACUGCUGGCAGAACUACGACCUAAUAGAGAACAGCCAUAUGAGUGGAAGGCCAGUUGUGAGACAUGGGGUGUAGCCUUCUCUCCAGAUGGUACUUGGUUUGCUUGGUCUCAAGGGCAUGGCAUCAUCAAGCUUAUUCCGUGGCCCCUGGAAGAGGACCUACUACGACCUCAGGGCUACAGUCAGUGCUUUAAGGUAAAAGAGGUGAAAGGGCAUGGGAGCCUAAAAGAAAAGACUCUGGACUGCGGGCGAAUAGUUUGGAGCUUGGCCUUUGGCUCUUCGUCAACUAAAACUGGAUGGAAGCUAUGGCCGCGCAGUUGGCACCAAGAUGUGGGACCUCCUGGAACAUUGCUACUUUUGGCAACAGGACUCAGUGAUGGAUAUGUAAAAGUCUGGAAUGUACAUACAGGCAGGGUUCUUUUCAAUCUUACUGGCCAUAAAGAUGUUGUGAGAGACUUGAGCUUUUCAACCAAUGGCAGUCUGAUACUGGUCUCUGCAUCCCGGGAUAAGACCCUACGAGUAUGGGAUUUAAAAAAGGAUGGUAAAAUGCUCCAGGUGCUAAGUGGACACAUCCAGUGGGUUUAUUGCUGUUCCAUCUCCCCAGAUUGCAGUAUGUUGUGCUCUGCUGCGGGAGAAGAUUCGGUGUUGCUAUGGAGUAUGCGUUCCUACACACUCAUUCGGAAACUUGAGGGUCACCGGAACAGUGUGAUCUCAUGUGACUUCUCUCCAGAUUCUGCUCUUCUAGUGACUGCGUCCUUUGACACUACCAUGAUUAUGUGGGACCCUUACACCGGAGAAAAGCUGAGAGAAUUUCUGCAUGUAUCUCUCCCACCCGCCUUUGAUUACAGUAAUGCAGAGCCACAGCUCAGCUCUUUGAGAUCAGUCUGCUUUUCUCCAGAAGGGUUGUACUUGGCAAGCUUGGCAGAUGACAGGUUUCUGCGAGUUUGGCUGUUAGAUGUUGAAGACCCUGUGUCUGUGGCACCUGUUACAAAUGGUCUGUGUUGUACAUUCUUCCCACAUGGGGGAAUUCUUGCAACAGGAAAUAGAGAUGGAUAUGUGCAGUUCUGGACAGCCCCCAGAGUUCUCUCUUCACUUCGACACCUAUGUCGUAAAGCAUUACGCUGCUUCCUUACCACCUACCAGGUUCUUGCUCUGCCCAUUCCAGGCAAAAUGAAGGAUUUUCUUACAUAUAGGACUAAUCUUUAGCCUCACCCAGCACAAGGAAUGCUAAAAUGGACUUACAGCACUUGACAUUAUUUAAACCACCAGCAACAGAUGCAGAUUUCACUAAUAAAUCUCACUAAUCACCAGAAAUUGCCAUAGUCACAGAAAGUGUGCAAAAGGAAUCUAAAAAAAAAAAAAGUUACAAAACAAAUGUUUCUGAAUCAUAAGUUGAGAUAACUGACCGAAUAUCUGUAUUUAAAAACAAUGAGAUUUAAUGAUUAGGUCACUUUAAAGCAGCUUCCAAGGUUAGAAAAGCCACUUAAAAUAACUUGCGCGCUCCUUCUUGCAGCAAACAUGAGAUGUGUAUAUUCAGUGAUGUAUUGAAUUUUUUUUUUUUUUUUUUAAAGGAUAAACCAGACUUCCAGGUUCUCUUAACUGUAUUGCAUAAUAUGUACUCCUUUACUGUACAUAUCUCCACAAUGGAUACAAUUUCAUAAUUUACUUUUUUUUUCCUGUUCUGUUUAAAUUUAGAAACAUCUAACAACUUCUAAAAUUGCUGCUAGGGCAAAAAUAAUGAAUUUUACUGAUCAGGCUGG